UGGAUGCUGCAGCUGCUCCUCACCGAACCUGGACGUUGCUUUGCUUACACUCACAGACUUCUCUUUGGGAAACUUGUGCAGCGCUUUUUUGGCUCGUGCUGAACGCAUCUGGAGACACACGCACGCACACACCGCGCAUCUGGAGUGUUUCUAACAACACGCCGAGACCUGGACGUGGAGAUGGAUAUCAUUUAAGUGGAUAUUGACCCAGCAUCUUCUCUUUUUCGUGGGUGUGCCGCUUUUCUCUUUGAGGAAACACAAGGCUCUCGUUGUUCUGGUACUGUCCACUGUUUGGAAGACCAGCUGUGUGCGCACGCGCGCCUUACUCCAACAGCAGAUGACUGUUUUUUAAGUAGUAGCUGAAAUGAAGAAAGCACCGACAGGAGUGGGAAGGACAGUAAUGGACCAAAUCUAUCGAGACAGGACGUGGGAUAGGACGCUACUUGUGCUCCUCGUAGUUCUCGAACUCUUUACGGCUUACUCGUCUAUGGUGCCGGGUACACUGGAACUCCAGCUAGAUGAAGAGCAACCAGCUGGUACUGUUGUUGGUGACAUCAGUGCUGGCUUGCCCCCAGGAGUCACAGCAUCUCUUUAUUUCAUCUCAGACCAUGAAGGAACAGGUGUUGGUACAGACUUGGACAUUGACGAGAGCACAGGCAUUAUAAAGACAGCCAAAGUCUUGGAUCGGGAAGUACGGGACCACUACAAUUUCAUAGCGGUCACCAUGACCGGUGUGACAGUGGAGGUGACCAUUUUGGUUAAUGACAUCAACGACCAUGCUCCUACAUUCCCCAGGAAACGGGCCACGUUCAAAAUCCCUGAGCAGACUACCAUAGGCACAAAGUUUCCUCUUGAGCCAGCUUUGGAUGCCGACAAAGACCAGCUGACAACUCAAGGAUACAUCAUAACGGAUGGGAAUGUGGGACAAGCUUUUCUUCUUGAAACCAGAAGGGGCUCCAAUCAGGUACUUUAUCUGGACUUAGUAGUCAAUGCAAUUCUGGACAGGGAGAAAAGAUCAUCCUAUACCCUCCUUUUGGAGGCUUUUGAUGGUGGAUCUCCCAAAAAGACUGGGCAGAUGAUCCUAGACAUUACUGUCCAGGACAUCAAUGACAAUGCUCCAGUGUUUAACCAGAGCCGCUACCAUACUAUGAUCUUGGAGAACCUCCAGCCAGGUAACAACAUACUGCAAGUCUUUGCUUCAGACGCUGAUGAGGGUGACAAUGGCCUUGUGCUUUAUGAAAUCAAUAGGAGGCAAAGUGACCCUGAUCGCUACUUUGUCAUUAACUCCCGCACCGGGGUAAUAACUCUCAACAAGCCCCUGGACUACGAGAUGAGGAGAGUUCACGAAUUGGUGGUUCAGGCAAGGGACAAUGCCACACAUCCUGAGGUCACCAAUGCCUUUGUAACCAUACAUGUGCGGGACUAUAAUGACAACCAGCCAACAAUGACCAUCAUCUUCCUCAGCGAAGAUGGCUCACCACGCAUAUCAGAGGGAGCACAACCUGGCCAGUAUGUGGCUCGCAUCUCUGUCACAGACCCAGAUUAUGGUGAAUACGCCAAUGUCAACGUGUCUUUGGAAGGAGGAGAUGGGAAGUUCGCCUUGACCACUAAAGACAACAUCAUCUACCUCAUAUGUGUAGAUGAGAUCCUGGAUCGUGAAGAAAGGGAUCGAUAUGAACUGAGGGUCAUGGCCACAGACUCCGGAACCCCUCCAUUACAAGCCGAGUCUUCUUUUACUAUCCAGGUGACGGAUGUCAACGACAACCCACCUUUGUUUGACCAACAGGAAUAUACCCAGGUCAUCCCAGAAGUCGUCUUUCCAGGGAGCUUUGUGCUUCAGGUCACAGCACGAGAUAAAGACCAGGGCCCUAAUGGGGAGGUCCAGUACAGCAUCCUACAGACUCUAGAGACUCACUCAGACUGGUUCAGCAUUGACACUGUUACUGGCAUCAUCACUACCCUCACCCAACUGGAUUACGAGAUGGACCCCACUCCUAGCAUGAUUGUGGUGGCUACAGACAGGGGAAGACCCCCUCUGUCCUCCACUGCUGUGGUCAAAGUCAUCCUACAGGAUAUUAAUGACAAUGAACCUAUUUUUGAAAGCAAGUUCUACAAUGCAUCCCUUAAGGAGAACACUGCAGCAGGAACCUGCUUCAUGGAGGUAAAAGCCAGGGAUGCAGAUGGUGGCUCGUUCGGCUCGGUAUCCUACUCUCUGGGCUCCGGGCCUGGCAGUGUGACCCCUCCUCACUUCACCAUCAACAAAGACAGCGGCCAAAUCUGCACCAGCGCCAGCCUGGACCGAGACCAGGGCCCGGCCAGUUACGACUUCACAGUCACCGCAGUGGAUGGGGGUGGGUUGAGCUCUGUGGCCUUUGUGCGUGUUGACCUGCAGGACAUUAAUGACAACCGGCCAGCCUUCUACCCUCAGCACUACGCUGUGAGCCUGAGCACUCAGAGCAGUCCCGGCACCUCUGUCGUGCGGGUAACUGCCCAUGACCCAGAUGCAGGGGAGAACGGUAGGGUGACGUACCGCACCGCACCUGGGGGAGGCUCACCCUUCUUCACCCUCAAUAAAGAUACUGGAGUCAUCUCGCUGUCUCGCUCUCUACACGGCAAAGCAAACUCAGUCAUUGCCAUGGUGAUCUCAGCCCAGGAUGGGGGUGGCCUCACUGCUCCAGUCAAUGCCAGGGUCAACAUCAGCAUUGUGGCAGGCCUGGUGGCGCCCCCUGUGUUUGAACAGGCGCAGUACUUCUUCACAGUGACUGAGGACGCACUGCGCGGGACACAAGUGGGCACUGUACGUGCCAGCACUAAAAACGGCAUCUCGAAGGAUAUCUCCUACACCAUCUGCUCCGGUGACCCAACUGGCUAUUUCACAGUGGACCCUGAGACCGGAGUUCUGAGGACCAGCCUGCCACUGGACCAUGAGGCUCAGCCCACUCUGGAGCUGGAGAUUCAGGCACAAAGCGGGAACCCCCCAGCGUUUGGCCAAACCCGCGUUCGCAUUGCAGUGGCAGAUGUCAACGACAACGCUCCUGUCUUCAUCCCGUCCUCCUCUGAAUCUCUGAUCAUUCCAGAAGACACAAGAAUGGGCACGGUUGUGUAUAAGAUCCAGGCGGAGGACCAUGACUCAGGACCCAACGGUGUUCUCACCUUUGACCUGAUCUCCAGCAGUGCCCACAGGACCUUCAGUGUGGACCGGGGCAGCGGGGAGAUCCGUCUGAUUGGCAGCUUGUCGUAUGAGACUGUGCCCCGGUACGAUCUUCAGGUGGUCGCUAAGGACAUGGGGGCACCCCAGCUCAGUGCAACUUUCACUCUGGUGGUCCAUGUGCAGGCCGAGAACAGCCAGGGGCCUGUUUUUGACACCCUUACCUACCGUGUGGAGCUGAAGGAGGGAACCCCACUCAACACCCGCUUCCUGCAGGUUCGUGCCCUCAACAGGGACAGUGGAGUCGGGAUGGGUAGCAGCGCCUCUAGUCCAUUAGCCUACCACCUGCAGCCAGAUGGGGACGCUGCAGGCUUUGGCAUUGCACCGGACAGCGGCUGGCUCUUUGUUAAAAGUGCCCUGGACCGUGAGGUUAAGGAGGUGUACCUGCUGACCGUGCUUGCCACAGCUGGACAUGGACGACUGAAGAAGACGGGCAGUGCCACCGUGCGAGUGUCGGUAACUGAUGAAAACGACAACUCACCUCGAUUCACCCAGGACAGAGCCUUCCUGACAGUACGUGAGAACCUGCCAGCCGGGACAGGAUUUGGCCGGGUUUCUGCCACGGACCGAGACGCGGGGCUCAACGGCCGCCUCAGCUACCGCCUCUUGCACCCAGACCGCCACUUCCAGAUCAACUCCCACACAGGAGAGAUAAGCACCAGGCUCUCUCUAGACCGUGAGCACCAGUCCAGUUACCAGCUAAUCGUGGUGGUCCAGGACAGCGGUACCCCACCCCGCAGUGCCACAGGGACGGCCUUCAUCACGGUUCUGGACGAGAAUGAUAAUGCUCCGUUCUUCACCCACUCCCAGUCGGGCAGAGAGAUCUUCAUGCAGGUGCUGGAAGGACAGCCAUCAGGAGUUCUACUGGGCACUCUAACCGCAAAAGACCCAGAUGAGGGAGAAAAUGGGACAGUUUUCUAUUCAAUGUCAGGUCCAAGGGCAGAGCGCUUCUCUUUGCACCCCAUCACGGGCGAGCUGCACUCGUCCAGCCUGCUGACCCACGCCGAGCGGCCUGAUUACAGCUUCACCAUCCUGGCCACGGACCGAGGCUCACCUCCCCAGAGCUCCACAGCCACGCUGAGAAUACAGGUUCUCAGCUCCACCAAGUCGUCAUCCACAACCAAUUUGGUGUCCAUCACCUUGAACCCAAUGGAGGGAGCUAAGCCCGGCUCUAGCAUAGGAAGUGUUCGGGCACCUGACAUUCAGACUGUCCCUGAAGGCUUGGUCACUUACACUGUGGUUGGGGGUACAGAUCAAGAUGGGACCUUUGUAGUGGACCGGCAGAUGGGGGAUGUGUAUCUGGCCCGCGAGUUGGACUUUGAGAGGGCUCCACGCUACACUCUCCAAAUUGAAGUGGACAAUUUCUCCACACCACUGCCCAGAAGCCAUUUCGUCACCUUGGAGAUCGAUGUUCAGGACAGCAAUGACCAUUCACCCCAGUUUCCUGAAGAUCCCAUCACCAUUGUGGUGCCUGAGAGCAUGGAGCCUGGAUCUUCUCUCUAUACCUUCCAGGCUACUGACAAAGAUGGGAGUGGUCCCAAUAGUGAAAUCAGCUAUUCAAUCAUCCAGCAGUGGCCCAGCAGUCCAGACCUUCUGUUGCUGGACCCCAGCACUGGAGUCAUGACCCUGGGCCAGUUUUUGGACCAUGAGAGCACCUCAUCCCUCCUGCUAGUGGUCCAGGCCACUGAUUCAGCCCUGGAUGAGAGUCAGCGGCGCCGCGGGACAGUCACUGCCCGAAUUUUUGUUACAGACGUGAAUGACAACGCCCCUGUGUUCACCUCACCUUCUGCAGUGAGUGUUAUGGAAGACCAACCAGUGGGCUUCGUUCUGCUGUACGUCAUGGCUCAGGACCUGGACCAGGGUGAGAACGGCCGUGUGUCUUACCGCAUACAGGGCGGAAACGCAGAGGGAAAGUUCAGCCUCAACCCAAACACUGGAUCCUUGUCUAUCCUCAAGCCCAUUGAUCGUGAGGAGCUGGCCCAGUUCAACCUGACCAUAGUAGCGGAGGAUCACGGUGUCCCCCAACAGUCCAGCGCUCAGCUACUGACCGUGCAGGUGAUUGACGUGAAUGAUGAAGUGCCGUACUUCGAAGAGAACAUAUAUGAGGCCUUUGUUACUGAGAACCAGCCUGCAGGAGCCACUGUGCUGGUUGUGUCAGCUUCGGACUUGGACCAAGGGAGCAAUGGUGCUGUGACAUAUGGUGGCAUGACAGCGGACGACUUCAGCAUCCAUCCAGUGACAGGUGUUAUAGUAACCACCAAAGCCCUGGACAGGGAAGCCCAGGAGGAUUACACUGUGACAGUUUAUGCAAAAGAUGGUGGUUUUCCACCUAAUUUUGCCAAGGCCACAGUGCGUAUCACGGUGCUGGACGAGAAUGACAACAGGCCAGGCUUUGGGAGGGUGUAUUACAGCCUGGAGGUGCCUGAGAACCUGGAGCCAGUGACCCUGUUCACCCUAAGAGCAACCGACCUGGACUCAGGUGACAGUGGGCUGGUGCAAUACAAAAUCACAGAUGGCGACCCUUCAAGUGACUUUCACUUGGACCGCAAAUCAGGUGUGCUGUCCACUUCCAGGGCUUUGGACAGGGAGCAGAAAGCCCGGUACACCCUCACUGUGGAGGCUCAUGAUCUGGGCACCCCUGCCCUCAGCAGCACUGUCACACUGGACAUCAGUGUCCUGGACCUAAAUGACAACAGUCCUGUGUUUACCAGCAGCAGCUACACAGUAGAGAUCACUGAGGAUGUCCCCGAAGGCUCUUUCGUAUUGGAGGUCACAGCUACCGACCAAGACGAGGGCUCCAACGGCCAGGUGGUCUACUUUUUGAGCCGAGAGUCCAGGGGCAUGUUUAUUGUGGACCAGCACACUGGUCGCAUCAUCACAGCGGCUGCACUUGACCGGGAGAAAGUCGCGUCCUACAGCUUCCAGGUGUACGCUAUGGACUCCUCUGCUGGCAAUCCACACAACUCUUCGGCUCAGGUGACCGUCCACAUCCUUGAUGUAAACGACAAUGCGCCCUUCUUCAUCACAGACCCACUUAUCAUCAACAUCUCCAGCAGCAGCAUCGCCAGCCAUCGAGUGCUGGCUACCAUGAGAGCCGAGGACAAGGACUUUGGGGCUAAUGGUUCAGUGUUCUAUCGUUUCGCCAACCCUGUUAAAGGCUUUACCAUAAAUUCGCUGACUGGGGACAUUCAGGCCACUGAGAAGCUCCACAGUUUGACCCAAAGCCAAAGGACGCUGAUAGUGCAAGCUAUGGACCAGGGAAGCCCACCACAGUCUUCACUGGGAGUGGUAGUGGUCUACAUACGGGAGCAGAGCUACAGGGGAAUCCGCUUCAGCCGUAACUCCAAGGAUGUCAGCCUACAGGAAAACGCCGCCAAAGGCACUGCAGUGGUGCAGAUCCAGGCACAGUAUCCUGAUGGCUCCCGCAGUGGAAUCACCUAUAGCAUCUUCAGUGGCAACAAGCUACAGUCUUUCAGCAUUAGCCCCACUACAGGUGAAAUCUGGGUGGAGAGCUCCAAGGGGCUGGAUUUUGAAGAGACCCCUCGACUCCGCCUAGUGGUCAAGGCUGAAACUGCAUCCUCCAGUUCUUUCAUGGCAGUUAACCUGAUCCUGCAAGAUGUCAAUGACAACUUGCCACGCUUCCAGCUCCACAAUUACGUUGCUUAUGUUCGUGAGGCCCAGGGAUACGAUUUCCCCAUCAUUCAGGUGCUGGCGGACGACCUUGACCAGGGUCAGAACGGCCAGGUGACCUACUCCAUCAGGUCGUCGUCCAUGAGUGGCCUGUUCAAGAUUGACCCUCUCACGGGCAGCAUCUCCACCGCCGCUAUCAUGGACAGAGAAAUCUGGACGGAGACUAAGCUGGUUGUCAUGGCGACGGACAGGGGCAGCCCUCGAUUAGCAGGCUCUGCCACUCUCACCGUUAUCAUAGUGGAUCUGAACGACAACCGGCCUACCAUCCCAAUCCCUCGCGAAGUGCGCGUCCCUGAGAACACACUGAUUGGGACAGUGAUCACCCAGGUGACGGGGAAUGAUGUGGACUCUGGUCCCGCCCUCUUUUACUCUCUGCACCUGGACUCAGACUCACAGGGGAAAUUUGGAAUACACCGCUACGGAGGUGGAGUCUCUCUGACCGGUCAGUUGGACUAUGAGAAGAGGACGUGGUACACUGUGACCAUCAGCACAUCUGACUCCAUGCACCGGAGUGAAGCCAAUUUGACGGUUCUGGUGGAGGAUGUAAAUGAUAAUGCCCCAGUCUUCACUCAGGACCUUUACCAGGCGACACUUGCUGAGCACUCUCCGGCUGGUAGUUCUGUUAUCACUGUGACUGCUACAGACCGGGACUCUGGGGAGAAUGGCAAGGUUACAUAUAGAGUCGUGUCAACAAGAGACAUGUUCUACAUUGACUCAAGCAAUGGUACACUGUUUAUCAACCAGGAGGCAGAGUUUGAUUCUGAGCGUCCGUCCUUCCUGGUGGUAAUUGAGGCUCGUGAUGGUGGAAAUCCACCACUGAGUACUCUCACCACAGUGCAAGUCCAGGUGACUGAUGUCAAUGAUAAUGCCCCUGUGUUCCAUCAAACGGAGUACAGAGCUGCUGUAUCAGAAGAUGAGCUCCCUGGAUCUACUGUCCUCACUCUAGAGGCUAUUGAUGGAGACCUUUCCAGGGACAACUGUGGAUUUGACUUUGCUAUUGCAAGUGGAAACAUUGGCAAUGCCUUCCAGAUUGAAAGCAGCGUGCGCUUCAUCGAGGGCCGUGGAUUUCAGAUAGUUGGAACGCUAAUCUUAGCUGAGAGGCUUGAUUUUGAACUUGUAUCUAUCUACAACCUUACUAUUGUGGCUUCAGACCGUGGUGUUCCCCAACAAAGCUCAAGUGUUCCUGUCUUAAUCACGGUAAUGGAUACCAAUGACAAUGCACCAGCCUUUAGUAGGGCAGAGUACAAUGUUGUCCUCAGUGAAGGGGCAGAAACUGGUAAGGAAAUACUUCGAUUGUCUGCUCUGGAUCCAGAUUCCACCCCUAACGGAAAGGUGCAGUACUCUAUCAGCUCUGGAGAUGAGAGUGAACUCUUCUUUUUGGACCAGACGAGUGGCGCGCUUCGUCUGCGGAGGUCUUUGGAUAGUGAGUGGUGCUCCACUCAUACACUCAUCGUGCAAGCCUCUGAUGGUCAGGGCCACUUUGCUCUUGUUCCUGUUACCGUAGAGGUCAAGGACAUCAAUGACAAUCGCCCUUUCUUUCCUCUUAAAACGCUGACAGCAAGCAUUCGUGAAAACCGGCCUCAGAAUGCCCUCGUCACUAUGCUGCAUGCCAUUGAUCACGAUGCUGGUGCAUUUGGCCAGCUGAGGUAUUACAUGAUGGAUAAAUCAGGAAAUGGCAAAGAGUCAUUUGUGGUCAAUCAGACCUCUGGCGAAGUCAGAACACGCUACAGUUUUGACUUUGAGAAAAUGAACUUGUUUCACUUUAUUGCCGUGGCAGUGGAUGCAGGCAACUACUCAGCAACUGCUACAGUUCAGGUCUAUGUGACUGGGGAGGAUGAGUAUGACCCUGUUUUCACCAGCUCACACUUUGCCUUCCAUGUCCCUGAGGGAGCGAAGAAGGGGCAGAGCAUUGGCCAAGUUAUUGCCAAUGAUGAGGAUGGAGGUGUAGACGGGAUUGUACUUUACACUCUGUCUGAAAGUUCCCCAUACUUUGAGGUCAACAUCUCCACAGGGGUCAUCUCCCUGAAGAUGGAUGCCUAUGGCCGGCACACAAGUCGCUCUAAGCGGGAAACUCGUCAGAUGACUCUGGAAGUGAUAGCUCACAGCCCGUUGGAAAGCUCCCGUGUAGCCACUGCCCAGCUUACCAUUGACGUCACACACACGUCCUUUGGUUUAACUUCUGACAUGAAUAUGCUGCUGGCUAGUGUCAUCGCUGCUUCCUUAGCAGCUAUAGUGGUCUUGAUCAUAAUCGUGGGCGUGCUUUUCCUAUUGCGAUCCCGAAGGAAGAAGUACCAAGAGGCUCAUGCUAGAAUCGUGACCUCUGGCACGGUACUGGAGACUCUUGAUGAGCCCAAAGUUCAUGGAAGUGAGAAACUCUAUCACCAAACUCUUCCUGGAUAUGCUGCAGACCAGAGUGGGGGUGGAGGAGGGCCCUACACUCGAGGGGGAUCACUGGACCCUUCCCAUUCCAGUGGACGAGGCUCAGCUGAGGCAGAGGCGGCAGAGGAUGAUGAGAUCCGCAUGAUCAACGAAUAUCCACGUGUCUCCAGCAUUUCCUCCUCCAUGCAGGAGCACAUAGCUGCCCGUGGACCUGACUCUGGGAUCCAGCAAGAUGCUGACCAGCUCUCUGACAUCUCUGGCGAACCUGGAAUAGAGAUGAACCAGUGGUUUAAAGGAAAGAAGAUGGGAAGCUUGAGUGGGACUCUCUUGGCAGGCCAGACCCCAGUGUACCGAGAUGAAGGUGGUGGAUAUCUUGGGGUAGGAAGAGGGCUUAAUAUCUCACAGUCUAAAGACUACACUUUCCCAGAGGAUGGGAAACCUAUGGUGGAUGGCUCUCUGACCGCAAUCGUGGCUAGCGAUGAGGAACUGAGGGGCAGCUACAACUGGGACUACCUCCUUAACUGGUGCCCUCAGUUCCAGCCGCUGGCGAACGUAUUUACAGAAAUCGCCCGGUUAAAGGACGAGAACGCCCCAGUUAACACGCGCCGGCCUUUUCAGCCCAAACUGAAGGCCGAUCCCAAACCUAGAAUUGACCCCCCUCCUCUUAUAACCUCUGUAGCUCACCCUGGAGCUAAAACUGUACUUCCAAAACCUGCUGUUGGACGAACUCUUCCCCACCUAUCCUCUUUAAAACGAUCUCCCAUCAGCCACGAUGGCUCUGUCUCCUCAAUAGCCAUGUCUCCCAGUUUCUCUCCUUCCCUCUCCCCACUUGCUGCCCGUUCCCCAGCCAUCUCCCCUUUUGGGGUCAGCCAAGGCCCAUCUGCCUCCAUUAUCAGCACGACUGAACACUCUGUUGAGCACAGUGAAGAGGCUGAGCUUAGGAUUUAAACACUUAAACGCCUUGUACUGUUCCAAAAGCAUCCCGCCUGACUCAGGACCCUGUACAUGACAGUCAUCCAACUUGGCCAUAAUGUCAUGUUGCCUCACUGGCUGGCCAGAGAGCUGAGGAUGCAGUGUUUAAUUACCAUGUUGGACAGUUGAAGCCAGAAAGGCUUUUUACAAAUGCUCUCUCCACAUAUUUGACUUGGUAGCAAAGGACAUGUUCUGUUGCCUGCAUUUGCACAUUCUAUAGGAGAGCUAGGUUUGAUGUCAAUGUUUUGUAAGAG